AGGAUCGCGCCCACGUACAGUUGCUACAGGACGACUGCCGAACUGAUAUUGAUAAGGUGAUAUUUUCCCGAAACUCGGAAGAAAUCUCUGGUCUGGCAAUAGGAGAGGAAGGAACGAAACUCAAGAAUUAAGAGUCAUAUGUCUCAACCAUGGGGGAUGGUAAUGGAGUGUCGUUGCUUUCUCAAGCCCCAGCAUACGCUUCAGAAUGUUCCCACGAGUAUGACGGGGUACUCAUGCCCAAGAUCAUGCCUGCCAGGUGCAUCGAGUCGGUCAAGAACUUCAAAGUCAGAGAUGAUGAUCUCUUUCUCACAACCUACCCUAAAUCAGGUACUACAUGGGUGCAGCAGAUUGUUCUUCUCAUUCAUCACGAUGGGGACAAAUCUAAACUGGAAGGCAAGCAUAUCUUCAAGAUGGUGCCUUUCAUAGAAGCUGUGGAAGGCAUGAACAAAGACAAUGCCGAUACAGCACGAAUGCAGUCCGAAAUCGCAGACGAAAUGCCGUCCCCCAGAAUCCUCAAGACGCAACUCCCGCCACGAUGGCUCCCUCCGAGCGUCUAUGAUGGAUCCAAGGGCAAGGUCAUAUACAUCGCCAGGAAUCCCAAAGACAUGAUGGUCUCCUAUUUUCAUUUUUGUAAGAUGACCGUGAAUCUGCCUACCUACGAGUCAUGGGACGUCUUCUUUGAAGAGUUCAUGGCCGAUAGAGUACCAAGAGGUUCAUGGUUUGAUAGCGUUCUUUACUGGUGGAAGCGGAAAGACGACCCAUUGGUGCUCUUCAUCAAGUUUGAAGAAAUGAAAAAGGAUUUAAAGGUAGCAGUCAAGCAGAUCAGUGAGUUCAUGGGAAAGUCUUUUUCCAACGAAACCAUUGAGGGAAUCGUGGAGAGCAGUACCUUCGAUGCCAUGAAGAAGAAUAAAAACUCUAAUCCUGAUAGUUUGCCCCAGCUCCAGGCUAAUGAAAGUCAGAAGAAAACCUUCCUCAGGAAAGGAGUUGUAGGUGACUGGAUGAAUUUCUUCAGCGAUGAACAGAGUGCACGCUUUGAUGCGGUCUAUAAGGAGAAGAUGGCUGGAUCGGGAUUGGACUUUGUUUUCCAACAGGAAUAGGCAGAUACCCGUAAUUUGACCGAGCAUGACCUGAAUCUAGAUGAAAGAUAUUACCUCUGGUGCUAUAUAUAUUCCCUUUGUGCUCGUUCUCUGUAUUAAAACUUGAUACUUGGUGCACUUGGAUGAACAAGGUAUUUUAUUUUUUCAUGUUUACAGAUGAUGAUCAUGAAUAGAAAACUUACAUGGCACCUUAUACAUACUUGUGUUUACACUAAGACUGAUGAUGAUCUCAUUAAAAUUUAGCAGAAUUACAUACAGAGUGAAUGGAAAUGAUAAAGUCACAAUUGGUA